AUGGACAUGUAAAAUCGACCAGGCGGUAGGACCGGUUCAGGUCCUAUGGCAUCAGCAGCAGAUGCAAAUGUAGAAAGAAGAGAACGUUUAAAAUAAUUAGCUAUGGAAAUCAUUGACCUUUAAAAAGACCCUUACUUUAUGAUUAAUCAUCUUGGUACUUAUGAAUGCAAGUAUAUUUAAAAAAUAUUCAAAUAGAUUAUGUUUGACACUUCAUACAAAUGAGGGAUCAUAUUUAGCUCAUACUUAAGGAAAGAAACAUUAACAAAAUCUAUUACGUAGAAAAGCUAGAGAAGGUAAAGAUCUUAAUGCAAUGAUGCAUAUGGCAAAAUAAAAUCAACCUAAACCUUAAAAACACAAAACUGUCAAAAUAGGACGACCAGGAUAUAAGGUUACACGAACAGUUGAAAAUACAUCUAAAGUUCUAUAUUUUGAACUUUAUUAUGAAGAUAUUCAACCUGGAUUUAUCCCAAAACAUAGAGUUAUGUCAGCAUUUGAACAAAAGAUCGAGUAAGCAGAUAAGAAUUACCAAUACUUGAUCUUUGCUGGGGAACCUUAUGAAAAUGUUGGCUUUAAAAUACCAAAUCAAGAGAUAGAAACAUAAGUAUAUUUAUUUAUAAUUAUUUUUAAGGAUGGUAAAUUUCAACCUAUUUGGGAUAAAGAUAAAAAAAUAUAUUCAUUAAGGGUUUAAUUUAGAGAGAAAAAAAAUAAUAAAUGAAUUAUAAC